GACUUCUUCCGACAUCCCUCUUGCAAUUUAUUAGCGCAUCACGAACAUCGUUCUAUUCUACUUGCCGCUCAUGCGCAGUGGACAACAAAGGAAGCAGCAAAAUUACUGCGGGCAAUACAGUUCUUUGGCAAAAACGCUCACACUAUCAUGCUCGACUCGUCGAUAGCUGAACUAUGUGUGGCAGGACAAUGUACAACAGACAUAUCGGCAUGGUUCGCAUUCCAAGCUGCAGCUGGUGGUACCGAUCCGACGCCGGAGUACGAAGGCAUUCAAUCCCCAGGAUGGCUCCAAAGUGAAGCGAAAUUCAAUAUAUCCACAUAUCUUAGCCAGUCUGAUGGAGAUUUACCACAGUGGAAUCCGACAACUCAGCGUAUUCCAAUGGGACCGCUAUUUCCAAAGGCCAAAGAGGUACUUUUUGUGCAUUUCUACAUGGAUAAUCAUAACCUUAUUUUGUCCAAAAAGCAACCAAAUCUGAUCACAUUUCGCUGUACCGUUCCGCAAUUACGUCGUAUGCGUCGGCUAAGUGUCUACCAUGUACCAGCCACCAUGAUUUUCUCACCAGAACAUCUUCAAGUGUUUCGAUUAGCCAUCAUAGGUGGACGCUCAAAUGCGCUAGCUACUAUAAAACUACGUCCAUUCCGUGAAUGGCUUGAUGCUGACCAACUUGGCAACAAGCUCUGCGUACAGUUCUGCUGA